AUUUAGUAUUAAGAUUAAACAAUUAAUUGGUCAUACCAGUCAAUUACAGUUGUUCACUUUUGUUGCUGCGAUCUUGAAGUGCUUUUAGCUGAUAUUCGAUAAUAUGCUUAAUAACAUUGUCAAUUUCGCCAAUUACUGGUGGUUUCGCUAUCUAAUGGUGACUGAGCUCUAUGUAGUGGAAAAAUGGGAGCGUGUAACAAUACACGCCAUAUUUAUGAUUCUGUUCUGUGUGUUCUGGUACUUCAACUACUCUGUGCUGCUUUCUUUGACUGGAAAUCUAUUUAAAUACACGCCGAUUGGAAACAUUUUGCCUGCAGUGCCGCAAUCUGCGAGCAUCAAAGUCACAUAAAAGUAUUUGGAUGUUAAUACACUUUCUCCAAUUAUUAUUAAAUAGUGCUUCGAUGUCCAAUUUAACUAUAGAGCGAAUACAUAAUAUAUACAUAUGUAUAUACAUAUAUAUAUUGUGGAAAACAAGUUCAAACUCAUAAACUCGGCGUACGCCGAUAUUCCUAUCUCGCAUAAAUUCUGCCUAACUGUAAAUGUGACCAAUCUUUAUAUCGCAUAAGGAUCGGAAUCGAUGUGAUUCGCCCUUUAAAGUACCCAUUGCACAGUUCUUUUUAGGCUAAAUUAGAAUUAAGCUUUAGGAUUGCACGUUCAAAUAAAAGCUGUAAAUUUCGAA